AGGCCCCGCCCCAGGCCGGCGCGCGGCACCGCGCAGGCGCGGCGGCCAUUUCCGACGCGGUGGUGAAGGCUCGGGCGCGGCUGCAGCGCCCGGUCCUUGCCCGCCGGCCGGGCCUCGCCGCCCCCCGCCCGGCCCAGCGGUUUCCUCCGGCCCGCCGCCCGGUGCCGGUCCCCGUGCCCCGUGUUCUCCUGCCGGCGCGCUGCCCUCUGCCCGCGGCGCGUCCCCGGCACCAUGUCUCGAAGAUAUGACUCCAGAACUACCAUAUUUUCUCCGGAAGGCCGCCUGUACCAGGUGGAGUAUGCCAUGGAGGCCAUCGGCCACGCGGGCACGUGCCUGGGAAUCCUAGCAAACGAUGGAGUUCUGCUGGCAGCGGAGCGCCGCAACAUUCACAAACUGCUCGAUGAAGUGUUCUUCUCAGAGAAGAUAUACAAACUUAAUGAGGAUAUGGCAUGCAGUGUUGCAGGAAUAACUUCAGAUGCCAAUGUUCUGACAAAUGAGCUGAGACUGAUUGCCCAGAGGUAUUUGUUACAGUAUCAAGAGCCUAUUCCUUGUGAACAACUAGUAACAGCACUGUGUGAUAUCAAGCAGGCUUAUACACAGUUUGGAGGAAAACGUCCUUUUGGUGUUUCAUUGCUCUAUAUUGGCUGGGAUAAGCAUUAUGGAUUUCAGCUGUACCAAAGUGAUCCUAGUGGAAAUUAUGGAGGGUGGAAAGCCACAUGCAUUGGGAAUAAUAGUGCUGCAGCAGUGUCAAUGCUGAAGCAAGACUACAAAGAAGGGGAAAUGACUUUAAAGACUGCCCUGGCAUUGGCCAUUAAGGUUCUAAACAAGACCAUGGAUGUCAGCAAGCUCUCUGCUGAGAAAGUUGAAAUUGCAACACUGACAAGAGAGAACGGAAAGACAGUAAUAAGGGUUCUGAAGCAAAAGGAGGUGGAACAAUUGAUAAAACAACAUGAGGAGGAGGAAGCAAAAGCUGAACGUGAAAAGAAGGAGAAAGAACAAAAAGAGAAGGAUAAAUAGAAUAUGAAAUCAAGUGUUCUCUAGAUAAUAAAGGACCUGCUUCAGCAAAAGAUAAUCUGGAUUUUUGUGCUGUAGAAGCCUACAGCUAUGCCAUGGAGGACCCAGAAGUACUUUUGAUGAACCAGGUCCUUAGUCAUCAUUUAGAUAAUUAGUUUACCGCUCCUUACAUUGACCAAUAAUUGCUUUAAUUCUUGAACACUCUUUCUUUCAUCUUCUAUUUUUUAUUAUGGAAUAAAAUUUAAGAAGAAUA